GCUAGUUUUCCCCACUGGCAACACCCAAUAUUCCGAAAUCUACGCCAAGUCCGGCGAACGUCGCCUGCGCUUCUCUUUCCCGACCUCCACCAUUUCUCUUCUCGGCUUCCGGCUCCGGUAGACUGCAGCUGCCUCCGGGUUUCUUGCCGCCGCCUCCUAUCGUCUCCCGUUCUUCAUCAGCUUCUGCAGCUGUCCUCCGAGUCUCGGGCGUUACCUGCAACUUCUGUCUUCCGAUCUCACUUUAAUCAGCGGUGACUCCAACCUAUCUCUCUCUCUCGCUACUACUCAACGGACCAAUCCAUAGGGAGGCAAGCUGGUCUAACUGACCAUGAGGCAUCAGAAUUUGUAGCAAGAAAUGAACGAAUCAUCUAUAACUACUCCGAGGUUUACUUACAUUAAUGAUCAAAAGGGCCCUUCCGCAGCAAUUGACAUGCAUCAUGUAAUAGUUCGCCAAAGCAAUUUGAAGGCUUUGUUAGUUUGCCUUCUUGCUUUUUGUUUCCCUGCCAAUGGAUUCUACCUCUUCAUGGUCCUGGUGGGAUAAAUCACCUUUCAUUCUUUUGUGGAGUUUACUGUUGAGUUCAAUCCUUCUCAAACUUGGUAUUGGAAAUUCUGUUGUGAAAGAGUCGGUUGUGAUCCUGCCACGUUUCGGGGUUCAACUUGAAACGCAUUAUAGAAGUGGAAGAGUAUUGCGCCAUUUCGUGCCAGUGAGCAAGAUUGUAAAGCCAGUGUUGCUGGAGCAUGUGAGUCCGGUCACUUGCUACUGGCUUUUGUCUAUGAUUUUGCAGAAGGAAGAAGAACUGACUCCGGUUUUCAAGGAGUUGCACCCGCCUUUGAAGAUGCUGGUUCCUAUAUGGAAGGCAUUGUGUGGUGCUGUCUCUGGAGAUAAGGACUCUUCCCUACAUUCAUCUGUAGAAGAUUAUGGACAGAGUGUUUUUAGUUAAGUUUGACAAAUUGGAUAAUCAGAUCGAGGAAAGAAGAAGAGCUUAAAAGUUCACUUGACCCUGGGUUUAUAGGUCUUUCCUUCUUAUACUAGUCUGCCCCUGAUUUGAAUAUGUUCGAAGUCACAAAAAUGGCCUCAAUCUCAACUGUUAUCCAAUGGCUACAGGUUGUAGUAUGAACACUGCCUUGUCAAAAUGACUAGUUAGUGGGUGCAUUGUCUUGUGCAAGUCUGCAACAUGCGUGGUUGACUUAUUGCCUCACAGUUUUAUACUCUUGUUUGCUUGGUCAGUCCACUCAAGUCCAAC